AUGCCGUCCAUGGUUCAAGAUAGCGUCUUCGGACAACUCGUCAGAUACGCAACGAAGGGCAGGGUUUUUGGCCAACCUGAAAACCAGGCAGACUUUGAGCCGCCCUGGAAGACUGAGAAUGCCGACGAGUCAGACAAGGAGAAGGAGCUCGAAGCUGAUGGCGGACUUCGAUCUGAUACGCCAACCACUCCGGCUGAAGAGCUCGCCUCGACCCAAGCAGAUGCCACCGAUGUUGAACAACAGGCUCCUAUCGAACAGCAACAAAGUCGUGUUUUGCAGCCUCAAAGAACACCGGACGGAGUCACAUUGAUCGACUGGUAUCGAACUGACGAUGAAGUCAACCCACAGAAUUGGAGUUCGAAGCGGAAAGCAUUCGCUGCCACCAUCCUCAAUCUUUAUACCUUCGGUGUCUACUCCAGCAGCGCCAUCAUUACUCCAGCUCACAACGAGAUCAUGGACCGCUUCAAUGUCUCCUACGCGGUGGCGUCGUUGACCCUGUCGAUGUACGUUAUCGGAUAUGGUAUAGGGCCUCUGCUCUUUUCGCCACUCUCGGAAGUUCCGAUGCUCGGACGCAACAUUCCGUACAUUAUUACUUACGGCUUAUACGUUAUUCUGGCGGUACCGACUGCGCUUGUGGAUAAUUUUGCUGGUCUCAUAGUUCUGCGAUUCCUCACCGGGUUCCUGGGCUCGCCUUGCCUCGCUACAGGAGCAGCGUCUCAAGGCGACAUGUACUCCUUCAUACACCUACCAUAUGCCCUGGUCGGCUGGACAGCUUCUGCAUUUGCGGGUCCGGCACUGGGACCCGUCAUAAGUGGCUUCGCGGUGCAGAACAAGAAUUGGCGAUGGGGACUGUGGCCUAUCUUGUGGCUCAACGGCCCAAUCUUCCUUCUCAUGUUUUUCUUCCUCCCCGAGACCUUCGGUCCCAACAUCCUUUAUCGCCGUGCGCAUCGACUCCGGAAAACAACCGGCAAUACCAAUAUGAAAUCGCAAUCCGAGAUUGACCAGGCAAAUAUGUCUGUGGGGAAAGUCAUCAACCAGCAGCUCCUCAAGCCGUUCGAAAUCACAUUCAAGGAUCCUUCCAUUUUUUUCGUCAACAUGUAUACCGCCUUGCUCUACGGCAUCUACUACAGGCAAGCCUUCCCCGUGUCCUACGUGGGAACCUAUGGCUUCAACAUCGGUGAAACCAGCUUGACCUUCCUCUCCAUCGCAGUUGGCUGCGUUUUAGGAUGCGUUGUCUUCUGGGCCUACCAAAGGUACUACUUGAUACCCGACCUCAUGGCUCGGGGUCCACGCGCGAACGAGCACCGUCUUGUGCCUGCCUUGUUUAUGAGCCUGCUGCUCCCAGCCUCAAUGUUCUGGUGGGGCUGGACUUCCGGCAACCCAGACAUCCACUGGAUUGUGGGCCUCAUUGCCGUCGGGAUCUUCUCCUUUUCGGCUUUCGUCCUGAUGCAGUGCAUCUUCAUUUACCUACCCAUGUCGUACCCCAUGUACGCAGCCAGUCUAUUUGCAGCCAACGACUUUUUCAGGUCGGCCAUGGCUGGGGGCGCGAUUGAGUUUGGGCACCCGCUCUACAAUAACCUGGGAGUGGGCCGGGGUAUCAGUAUCAUGGCUGGCCUGUGCUCCGGCUGUGUGCUGGGGGUGUGGGCGUUGUGGUACUGGGGCGCGAAGCUUCGAGCCAAGAGCAAGUUUGCUGUUGGCUGA